UACCUGGUUGCUAUGGAGACUCAAACACUUGGAUGUAUCUAUCUAUGGCUCUAGAGUACUUGGUGUGACUACUGUAGCCUCUUCUUUCUUUCUUUUUGCUAAUCAAUAGACGCCAUGCACGCUAAGCAUCAAGGUCCCCUUGAAAGCUACAACAGUCUCACUGAUGAGAAUUUGGCGGGUUAUUUCGCCUCCUCUUCGAGGCGGCACUACCUCCAAAGGAUGGGGCUGAUCACUCAAGAUGGCCGUGUUCUGGAUGAAGAGACUAUCCGUCGCUAUCAUGCUAGAAACGAGCACAGGGCCAGGUCGAAGCAUGCAAUGUCAGAAGCACUUGUCAAUAGAGUCGUUGAGCUAGAGAAAAAACGACGUGCAGUGUUAAAGAAAAAGAUGGAGACACUCUCCAAAUUGGAGCUAGCGGAGAAAGUAAAGCAUGAAGCUAGUUACCCUUUGGGUGUGGCUUUGCUCGGUCCUUCAAACUCGUGCCCACCUCAGCUCUCGUCGACACUAAAGAAACGCCAGGAGGAACUGGGUCUCUCGGAAGAGCAUUUCCUCCAACUGAACCACAUGGUUAACACCACAAAGUCUCUACCCACGUCUUAUAUCAGUCCUUAUGGCAGAGUACAUCCGCCAGUACCCCCACCACCUACAACAGCAUCACGUACUACCAACAUGCAGAUUAGGAGCGGGCGUAUAAGAAGACCGCAGACUGCCCCAGCUGUUUCUGAGAUCAACAUGCGAACUAAUGUUGAGCUGAGGUUCGAAUAUUUAGGAGGUGGCAUCAAAUUAAUGUCCGUUUUUGAUCCACGGGUGUAUGUUGAAGUUCAUCAGCAGCACUGUGGUGGCAACAAUAUUUGCUUAUUUAAGGGAAAACUCCUGGCUAAAGAUCAAUUUACUGUAACUUCAAAGAGACACUAUGGAAUGCCUUUUGGGAUGUCACUCUACGUCAACGGGCUCAUUAACUGUCGCAUCAGCUCUUGCUGCGAGUACAAACACAAGCAAGGACAGGUUCUGGGCGGUGGGAAAUCCUCCGCUAACUUUCGCCUCUUGAAAGUCGAGGGAGGUCAGCCGUGCUACCUCUGCAAGUUUGGACAUGCAAAUCAGUCAAAACUCUUCCCUCCAGCAUUUAAACCUAAAACUACGCCUGUGAAGACAACAGUGAAAAUUGAAGAAGAAAUAAAGACAGAUGGAAAGGAGGAGGGAAAAAGAGAGGAGGAUGGGAAAACAGCAGAGGAAGAGAAAUUGUCGGACGAUGAAUAUGAUGAUGAAGAUUUCGAACAAGAGGAUGAUGAUGAGAAAAAAGAUGGUGAUGAAGAAAUAGAUGGACAAGAAGAGGAAGAGAGAGAAGGAGGAGAGAAAGAAGAAGAAGGAGGGGGAGCAGGAGGGGAGGCUUACUCAUCAGAUUUUGAUUCACAACAAAGUCAAGAAGAAGAAAGAAAAUCCUCAAAAGCAUCUACACUCACUUCUCUCUCCCAUGCAUCACAAAACUCACCCUCUCCACCACCACCUCCUCGCAGUAAGAGCACGUCAGGAUCAUCAAAAAGUAGUAGUAGGACUCCUUCUCCGUCUCACAAGGAAAAAGAUGAGCCUGUACCUCUUGAAGUGGCUGAAGAGGUUGUGAAUGUUGAAGAGAAUGGAGAGCUGUUUAAUGCUGUGGAUAAGGAAGAGAUACUAGGAGGGAAAGACAAAGAGAAGGAGGAAGAGAAAUAGAAGGAGGAAG